UUGAUGAAGGACAUUAAACUUUAAAGAGGGGGACUACAGACACUAGUUUAUAGUAGAUGUCUGGAAAGGAACCAAGGGAGAGUGAUUCAUUGAAAAUAUGACAGAGGGGACCAGCUAGUUCUUUUGCCCAGAUCUUCAGGGGAAGGGGUGGCAGUUCGUCGGAUCAGUUGGAUUUGAAAGGGGAUAUCUUCCUGAAGAGCUUGGAGGCUUCAGUGAUUGUGACAGGGGUGAAUUGACAUGUCGAAAUGAUCAGGAGGAAAAAUUCAUGCAAAAUGACCAGAUGCCUUGUGACCACUCGGCCCUGCCGGUGCCGGCCCUGCACUGUGUGUUGUAGUCACGAGUUACGGCAAGAUGUAGACAGGAUCAUGGACAUCACCGACACUAGACACUGAGACAGACUCACAGUCAGUGCACACCCGCUACUGAACUGUGAAGACUGAAGACAGUGAAGUGUAAUGACUAUGAUUGUCAUCAUACAUGCUACUGCGGCAGUACUGGUAAUACUUGUAAGUAAAGACUAAGUAAGUAAUUAUUUUAGAUUUAGUUAGUUGUAGUGGAUGGUAUGUGCACUGAGUCUGUCUGUCGAUGCAGCACGUCGCAUGAUGAUCAUGAUGAUGAAGCCGUGAAGGCGCCGCUAGGUGAAAAGCCCGCGUCCCAUCUGUCAAGUGUCUUGCAGUACAGCUGCAAGGACUACCUCCGCGGCCGAUCCGGCCGUAUUAUUAUCCUGGUAUCGAACAAUGCCGUUUGACUUCUGGGAUGAUGUUGUCCUGCCAGCAUGGCGUGACAUAGCUCCAUGCCAGAUUACACAUGAAGCAUUCAUGAAGGUCCUCACGGCAAUUGAUGAACAUCAUCCACAUAUCAGCAGAGAUGCCAUUAUGAAGAGACACGUGUUGUUUUUUAAGGAGCACUUCACCAGCAGAAGGUGUGUAGAAAAGGAGAGGUUGGUCACCUAUGUUAGCUUGGUGAUUGUCUACAAGAGAGGGCCAUCAGGCGUCCAGAACUUCAUUCAAGCCAUCCAGUCUUCAUCUUUCCCAUCCAAUGGUGUUGUUGGUGGACUGCUGGAGAGAAUUUGGCAAGUUCGUAAGCAUGAUCAUCCUGAUGAAGAUGUCAAGGAUCCAUAUUUCUUCACAAGGGUUGUCAAGAGCAACCUACCACAGAUCAUCGCCAAACUAGCGACCGUACCAGAUAUAGUGCUCACUGAAGUAUUUAGAGAUGUCGACCUGGAUGAAGAGGUUAUCAGCACUUAUCGAACGGCAUGUGAGGUGGCCGGUCAUGUGCGUGAUCUUCCACUUUGCAGUCAAGCACACAUCGGGGCGUCUUUACUGUACCCAGUGACCGGCUUUCUGUUUCUCUUUUAUUCCUUGCACCGUCCUGAUCUCACUCAACGACUGGAUAACGAUUUCCUGAUCAAGAUCGACCGUGAGGCAGGAUGUGAUGGGAGUAGUCUUGUCCAACUGUUGAAUUUGGCUAUUGAUUUACAGAGCGAUAGUACCGCAAUGUCAAUGAUGAAUGAUGAAGGUGUGAUUGCACUGAUAAUGGCCAGUACGCAGCAGCACUAA